UAUUAAGAUUAGUUUUUAGAAUUUAAAAUCAGAAGAUUAUGGAAUAUCUAAAGCAUCAGUGUUACUUGGUUCAGAGCCUAUAUUUAAAAAUGCAGUGAGAGUAGUAGGACUUGAUCAUAACAAAUAUUCUAGUAAUAAAGAAGCAGAGGCGUCUAAUCUUAAAAUAGAGGAUUUGAUUGAGUCUAUGUAUACUACAGGAUUUCAGGCGACGAAUUUUGCAUUGGCAGUAAAUAUUAUAAACGAGAUGAGGAAUUGGAGGGUAUCAGAAGAAUUGUUAAAGAAAGAAGAGCAAAGAUAUUUAGAAAAUAAAAAUGAAGGAUGUACUAUAUUUCUUGGCUAUACAUCGAAUUUGGUAUCAUCAGGUGUAAGAGAAUCAAUUCGUUAUUUAGUACAGCAUAAAAAGGUUUCAUGUAUUGUCACUACAGCAGGAGGAAUAGAAGAAGAUAUUAUUAAAUGUCUUGAUCAUACAUAUUUAGGAAGUUUUGAGCUUGAUGGAUCAGAACUUCGAAAAAAAGGAUUAAAUAGAAUUGGAAAUCUUUUAAUACCUAAUAAUAAUUAUUGUAAAUUUGAGGACUGGAUAAUACCGAUUCUUGAUGCAUUAUUAGAAGAACAAAAAAAAGAGAAUAAAAUAUGGACGCCAUCUUCGAUAAUUCAUCGUCUUGGAAAAGAAAUAAAUAACGAGGAAAGCAUAUGUUAUUGGGCAUAUAAGAAUGAAAUACCCAUUUUCUGUCCUGCAUUAACUGACGGUUCUUUGGGAGAUAUGAUAUAUUUUCAUUCUUUUCGAAAUCCUGGAUUGAUUAUAGAUAUUGCAGUAGAUAUUAGAUUAAUUAAUACUAUAUCUGUUAGAGCCAAGUGCACAGGAAUGAUCAUUCUUGGAGGAGGAAUAGUUAAGCAUCAUAUAGCAAAUGCCAAUUUAAUGAGAAAUGGAGCAGAUUACGCUGUUUACAUAAAUACUGGACAAGAAUUUGAUGGAAGUGAUAGUGGUGCUAGGCCUGAUGAGGCAGUUAGCUGGGGAAAAAUUAAACCAGAUGCUAAAAUGGUAAAGUUAUAUACAGAUGCAAGCAUUGUAUUUCCUUUAAUUGUAGCUGUUACGUUCGCAAAGAAUUGA